GAGCUUGGUCGCCUCCUGAGAGCUUCGACACAGCAGUCGCAGCAGACAGAGCAGAGCAACUUCCACGGAACUUUGGGGGAAGCAAUCAAUCAGUCUCUCUAUCAGUCUCUCUCUGUCUCUCUCAUUGCUCAAGCGACUGCCGAAGCCGAAGGAAUGGAACACCAGUUGCUGUGCUGUGAAGUGGAGACAAUCCGGAGAGCUUACCAAGACUCGAACCUGCUCAACGAUAGAGUUUUGCAGACCAUGCUAAAAGCUGAAGACAAUUAUCUCCCAGCAACGAACUACUUCAAAUGUGUACAGAAAGAGAUUGUACCUUGCAUGAGGAGAAUUCUUUCUACAUGGAUGCUGGAGGUCUGUGAGGAACAGAAAUGUGAAGAGGAGGUUUUUCCCCUAGCUAUGAAUUUUUUGGACAGAUAUUUGUCGGUCGAACCCACAAAGAAGACCCGACUACAAUUAUUGGGAGCUACCUGCAUGUUUCUGGCGUCUAAAAUGAAGGAGACCAUUCCUCUAACUGCUGAGAAGUUGUGCAUAUACACUGACAAUUCCAUCCGACCAAUCGAGUUGCUGCAAAUGGAACUACUAGUAUUGAACAAACUGAAAUGGGAUCUAGCCUCAGUGACCCCACACGAUUUCAUAGACCAUUUCCUCUCCAAACUACACAUCCAUCAGGACACCGAGCAAAUCCUGCGCAAGCAUGCCCAGACCUUUGUGGCCCUAUGUGCUACAGAUGUCAAAUUCAUUGCCAACCCUCCGUCAAUGAUCGCAGCGGGCAGUGUGGCGGCUGCUGUCCAGGGGCUGCAUCUGAAGAUGGACGAUGCAAUGUCAUCCCAGCAACUCACUCACUUCCUGUCCCAAGUCAUCAGAAGUGACCCGGACUGUCUACGGGCGUGUCAAGAACAGAUCGAAUCCUUAUUGGAGACCAGUCUCCGUCAGGCACAGCGACACACUGUUUCCACAGAAACCAAGAGCAUGGAAAAGGAGGUCAACCUCUCGUGCACGCCAACGGACGUGAGAGAUGUGAACAUCUGAGUUGGACAGUGUUGUCUGGUGCACACCAAGGAGAGGCCAUAGAUGGAGGAGAGGGCUUCGGGGAGAGAAGAGGACGCGCUGAUUGACACUGUCUCAGCAGCACCGCUCCCCGCUGACUGUGCUCUCACCCACUUACACCUACUUACAUACCUGUGCUCAUAGCACAGGGUCUGGCCUGGCCUGAACGUCUUGUCUGGCUCCUAACAUGUGUUGUAAGCGAUCAGCCAGGGCUUAAUUCCUACGCUUGCUCUCUGUCCCUUCACUGGUUUGUGGCAGCAUAAAUUGGGCGUGGUUCCCGCUAUGUAUUUUUUAUAAAACAAACUUGAAUAAGAUAAAACAUUUUGAAGUAGUACUGUAUGUGCCACAUAUGUGUUGUGCAACACAUUAGACAUAAACUAUAUAAUAAUGAAUUAGGUCUUAUUUUUGUUCAACAGAUUGAGUACACCUGCACCUGCAAUUUCUCACAUAAAAAUCUAGUUUUGAGUUGUUUGAUGACAUAGGCAUUUUAAAAUAUGGUAUACCCGCUUCUAAAGGAGCAGAUGUUUUGCUGUGCCUGGUUAGUUUGGUAUGUCCAUGCUUGCCUCAACGUUUAACCGACUUUGAGAUAUUGUUUAGAAAAUCAGUCUUCUAACCUCCUCUUUUUUGAAAUGGAGAAUGUAACCAUACAAUGUAAUUUUGCUUAGCAUACUUUUUCAAUUAUCAUCAGAGGACUGUGGAUUACCUCUGUCAUAACUGCUGACACACUGCCUUCCGAAGACAGCAAGCUAACCAGUAAGGUACAGUUACUUCAGAAUGUCUACAGGAAAAAGUCUACUUUCUAGUGUACUUGAAUACUUGCAACAUCGCAUUCUGCUACAGAAUGAUUAGCUAGCUGUCCUGAAUGCUCUCAAUGGAAGCUAACGUAGUCCACAGUCGUUAUCGAAUUGUUACUCUGUCUUACUUUCUAAGAACAUUCCAUCGGAAAAGCACUUUUGGUCAAUAACGCUUUACUGACUAUUUUGAGAAUGGAAUGGUUUGGGAACAACGACAGACUUUCCUCUGGGAUUUCUAAAUAUGGUGUUACGUGGGAAAGGCAGGACAUAGUAGGAUGUUAAGGGGAAAUCUAAUAUAUUUAUCCAGCUAUAGUACCUGGACCCCAGCUUUCUUAACAGGUGAAAGAUGGCAGCGCCAUCCUCGCAAGAAGGCACCUUUCUAUCUAUUCUCCUCAUGACAGCUGAUGACAGAUUUGGACUUUUCAAACUGCUUGAAUUGAAUCUGAAGCUUGUAAUUUAUAGUUACAUGAACAACAGCUAUUUAUUGCAGAAUAUUCUAUUUUCAAGGCCAGUGUGAAUCAUGAUGACAGAUGGCUAUUUCAUAUAUGUCAAUAUGUCAAACCAUUCAAUACUUUGAAAGGCAUGUGAAGUAAAAGUAAACUCUAAAUAUUACUAUAAAAUCAUUGCACUGGCUUAGUGUACUGAAUGUUGAGGAAAAACUCAAAUGAAAAAACGAAAUGUUUCAAAUCUUCCCCUGUCAUCAAAUAAACAUUUAAAAGGCUUUUAUAUCA